UUCCCAUUCUUCAAAAUGAGUGAUACUUUCGUUCUCUAUCGUUACGAUCCCUCUUAUGCCGCAGCAGUGGUCUUCGCCAUAGGGUUUCUCCUGACUGCACUUGGACACAUCUGGCAAACAGUCCAAUCGGGAAGUCGAUCCAUGACUCCAUUUAUCAUCGGCAUUGCCUUCGAAACCCUUGGUUAUAUUUCACGGGCCAUCAAUGCCAAACAGACUCCCAACUGGUCCAUCGCUCCAUACGCAGGGCAAAAUCUGCUUCUCCUACUGGGGCCAUCUCUUCUCGCCGCAUCAGUCUACAUGAUCCUAGGUCGCAUUAUCCGACUAGUUGAUGGAGAUACUCGAGCACCCAUUCGCCCCGGAAGGCUCACCAAGAUCUUCGUCACCGGCGACGUUCUUUCCUUCUUAUUCCAAAGUGGAGGAGGCGGUAUUCUCGCACAAGCAAAAGAACCAAGCAAAGUCAAGCUGGGCGAGCGAAUGAUUAACAUCGGUCUUUUCGUCCAAAUCCUCUUUUUCGGUGUCUUUAUCAUCGUAUCAUACAUCUUUCAUCGCAAUAUUCGAAACAGACCGACAGAACGGUCCAUCUCACUUGCGGUGCCAUGGGAAAGACUUCUGUUUGUUCUUUACGCUGUGAGCGCGCUGAUUAUGGUUCGAUCAAUUUAUCGAUUAGCGGAAUAUAUACAGGGAAGCUCGGGGAGUUUACAGGGUCAUGAAGUAUAUAUUUAUGUUUUUGAUGCAACGCUCAUGUUACUGGGGUGUCUUACGUUGAAUGUUUUUCAUCCGAGUCAAGCUUUGAGGGAGAAGGGUUUUUAUGAGUCGGAAAUGGCUUGA